GUAACAUCAUUACAGAACAAUUAGUCGUUGAUCAAGUUCCGAGUGAUAAACAUGGACUUCAGUGAUGUAUACAACUCUGAUGGCAGAGUGAAGGAGGAACCAAAUGAUGUUUUCCCAAUUGAAAAUGAAGAUUAUCAGAUAAUUGACAAUGCACACGAUGCUGACACUGAUGAUCAAUCCUUGCGAUGUCUAGAAAAUUUUACUCGUGGCCCUGACGAUGUCAAAGUAGAAUUCGAAUGUAAGGACGAGAAGCUCGGCAUUAACUUAUUAGUAGUCAAGAAAAUCGAAGAUGAUUAUCCAGAUCAGUUGCAACAUAUGAAAAAUAGUUGCGAUGAUCAGACUCAAAAGAAAAUUAAAGAAGAAAUUGUCGACGAAAUAAAAGAAGAAUUGAAUUCGGAUGGUGAACUAAGUGAUGCAUUUGAUGCAAAUGAAAAAACAUUUGCUCAAAAAAGUUUAUGCGAAACCCAAACUGAUGAGACACGCAAUCGUGCCAAAUAUCCAUGUAAUGUAUGCGGUACAAAAUUUACACGAAAAGGUAGUCUCAAGAUCCACAUCGAUGCAGUUCAUAAUGGUGUCAAGCAUACGUGCGUUACAUGUCGAAAAACAUUCACACUCAAAAGAACUCUCAAAAUCCACAUCGAUGCGAUGCAUAAUGGUAUGGCAGCUAAAUGCGAAAUAUGUGAAAAGACAUUCACACGAAAAAGAGAUCUCAAGAGGCAUAUCGAUGCAGUUCAUAAUGGUGUCAAGCAUACGUGCGUUACAUGUCGACAAACAUUUACACUCAAAAGUACUCUCAAAAUCCACAUCGAUGCGAUGCAUAAUGGUAUGGCACCUAAAUGCGAAAUAUGUGAAAAGACAUUCACACAAAAAGGAGAUCUCAAGAGGCAUAUCGAUGCAGUUCAUAAUGGUGUCAAGCAUACGUGCGUUACAUGUCGAAAAACAUUUACACUCAAAAGUACUCUCAAAAUCCACAUCGAUGCGAUGCAUAAUGGUAUGGCACCUAAAUGCGAAAUAUGUGAAAAGACAUUCACACGAAUAGGAGAUCUCAAGAUUCACAUCAAUUCAGUACAUAAUGGUGUUAAACACGCGUGUGAUGUAUGCGGAAAGACAUUCAUGCAAAAAAGAUAUCUCAAAAUUCACAUCGAUUCAAUACAUAAUGGUGUUAAACAUGCGUGUGUUACAUGUGGAAAGACAUUCAUACUCAAACAUACUCUCAAGAUGCACAUUGAUGCGAUGCAUAAUGGUAUGACACCUACUUGCGAAAUAUGCGGAAAGAUAUUUCAAACAAAGACUAAACUCAAGAUUCACAUCGAUUCAGUACAUAAUGGUAUUAAACAUGAGUGUGGUAUAUGUGGAAAGACAUACGCACAAAAAGGUCAUCUCAAAAUUCACAUCGAUGUUGUUAUCAGGUGA